AUGUCUUUUGUCGGAGGUGAGGAAGCAACCGGAGAAGUAACCACUGGAGCCGAGAGAGGAGGAGGAAGAGGAGAUGGUGAUGGUGACGUUGUGACAAGGGAAGUCGAGGUUAGGCGAGGAGACAAACUUGACGAGUCUGGGUUGAUUGAGUCCAUAGCGAGAGGAGAGGAUGAAGGUAAGAUCGGAGAGGAGCGCACUGUCGGAGGACGAUAA